AUGCACACGUACCAACAUCUAUCUAUCUAUCUAUCUAUCUUAGUCCGUUCCUAUCUAUCUAUCUAUCUAUCUAUCUAUCUAUCUAUCUACCGACCUAAAUCAACUCACAAACAAUUCUUCUUCUUCUUCUUCUUCUUCUUCUUCUUCUUCUUCUUCUUCUUUGUCGUCGUCGUUGUUAUGCGUUGUCGUUCUUCUCCAUUGUUUGUUUUCUUCUUAUCUGAUAUUCACUUUUUUUUUCAUACUUUUAAAUCUUUCGUUUUUUGCUAUUUUUAUUCGCUCUUUCCAAAUUUCUUCUGGCCUUUUUCUUCUUUCUCUUCACCGAAAUUCCUCCGAGGUUAUUUUCCUUUGCAGAUUCUUGCUCGCCUUUUUUCGUUUCCUUCUUUUUUGGCUCAACAUCGUUCUUUCUUAUCAACUUUUUCAUCGCCAAAAUCCUCCUCCACUUUUAUCUUUCUUUCUUUCUUUCUUUCUUUCUUUCUUUCUUUCUUUCUUUUAUCUUACCUUUUUCUCAUCAAAUUUUUGUUUUUCAUAUUUUUUAUUUUUUCGCUUCCUUUUAUUUUUCAUUUUCUUGUUUCUUCUUACUUUCCAUUUCUGUUUCUUGUUCUUCUUCUUCGUCAACUUUAUCUUCUCAAUUUUUCAUCACUCACCUUCUUUCUUUGUUUCUUUCUUUUUCCCCUUCUAAAUUUUUUCUUGACAUUUUUCUUCUUCCUCUUCACUGAAUUUCCUUCAGAUUCUUCAUCGACCUCUUCUUUCUUUUUCGCUUCCUUCUUUUUUGGCUCAACAUUGUUCUUUCUUCUUAUCUUCCUUUUCUACUUCUUCUUCUUAACUUUUUCAUCACCAACAUCCUCCUCCUCUCUAUUCUCCUGCUUUCUUUCUUUCUUUCUUUCUUUCUCCACUCUAAGGAUUUUCUCCUCUGAUACUAACCUCCUUUUUUUUAUUUUUUCUUGA